GCCCGACGCCGCUCUGACGCCACCGAAGCGCGCCACGACCUGACGUCAACUUUCGCGCCGGAAGUGAGAGGCCAGGCAGCCCAGCUGAAGGCAGUAAGCUGGGCUCACGGUUAUAGGAGAGUUCUGGGGUACCCGGGCAAAGGGGCGUGAGAAGGCCCGGAGGCGAAGCGGGAGAGAAGCAACUGCGCCUCGGAGAAGAGAGCUCGCCCAUUCCAGACUGGGAGCCAGCUUUCAGUGAAGAUGGCAGGGCCAGAACUGUUGCUCGACUCCAACAUCCGCCUCUGGGUGGUCCUACCCAUCGUUAUCAUCACUUUCUUCGUAGGCAUGAUCCGCCACUACGUGUCCAUCCUGCUGCAGAGCGACAAGAAGCUCACCCAGGAACAAGUAUCUGACAGUCAAGUCCUAAUUCGAAGCAGAGUCCUCAGGGAAAAUGGAAAAUACAUUCCCAAACAGUCUUUCUUGACACGAAAAUAUUAUUUCAACAAUCCAGAGGAUGGAUUUUUCAAAAAAACUAAAAGGAAGGUAGUGCCACCUUCUCCUAUGACUGAUCCUACUAUGUUGACAGACAUGAUGAAAGGGAAUGUAACAAAUGUCCUCCCUAUGAUUCUUAUUGGUGGAUGGAUCAACAUGACAUUCUCAGGCUUUGUCACAACCAAGGUCCCAUUUCCACUGACCCUCCGUUUUAAGCCUAUGUUACAGCAAGGAAUCGAGCUACUCACAUUAGAUGCAUCCUGGGUGAGUUCUGCAUCCUGGUACUUCCUCAAUGUAUUUGGGCUUCGGAGCAUUUACUCUCUGAUUCUGGGCCAAGAUAAUGCCGCUGACCAAUCACGAAUGAUGCAGGAGCAGAUGACAGGAGCAGCCAUGGCCAUGCCCGCAGACACAAACAAAGCUUUCAAGACAGAGUGGGAAGCUUUGGAGCUGACGGAUCACCAGUGGGCACUAGAUGAUGUCGAAGAAGAGCUCAUGGCCAAAGACCUCCACUUCGAAGGCAUGUUCAAAAAGGAAUUACAGACUUCUAUUUUUUGAAGACCGAGCAGGGAUUAGCUGUGUCAGGAACUUGGAGUUGCACUUAACCUUGUAAUUUUGUUUGGAGCUGGCACCUCUUGGAAUAAAAAGGAGGAUGCACGAGCUGGCAGGCAUGCAGCAAGGCUUGUUCUUGUCUGGGCUGGGUUCCCCUUUAUGUUUGAAACUAGAGGAAAUAGGAGUAUGCUGGGCAACUUGUUAUUUUUAAAAUGUUGUAAAUGUUCCUUCUGGUGACUAGUAAUGAAAGUCAGAGAAAGGGGGAAACCUCAAGCUACCGAUAAUAUAUAAAAUCUCGGCUGGGCGCAGUGGCUCACGUCUGUAAUCCCAGGAUUUUGGGAGGUUGAGGCGGGUGGGUCACGAGGUCAGGAGUUCAAGAUCAGCCUGGCCAAGAUGGUGAAACCCCAUCUCUACUAAAAAUACAAAAAAAUUAGCCAGGCAUGGUGGUGGGCACCUGUAAUCCCAGCUUCUUGGCAGGCUGAGGCAGAGAAUUGCUUAAACCUGGGAGGCGGAGGAUGCAGUGAGCUGACAUCGCGCCACUGCGCUCCAGCCUGGGCGACAGAGCAAAACUCCAUCUUAAAAACAAAAACAAAAACAAAAACAUAUAUAUAUAUAUCUUAGCAGAAGCCCAGUCUUCGGAGGAAGCAUUGUUAGUUAUAGCUAAUGAUUAUGUGCAGGCAGCCUGACAUCUAGCCACAGUAAACUCCUGUUUUCUUGGGAUCCAAACACCGUGUUUUACCAUUAGUUUUGUUAGUGUUGUUAACUUUACACAAGUAAACCAUUUCCACUACCAAAGGUUUAGAAACUAUGGAUGAACAAAAUGAAUCUCCCUGUAUUGUUCAUUUUGAGCCUACAUAGACAUAGAGACCAAAUAUGUCAAAACCUUAUUCAAAUAAACUCUCUUCAGAGUGAAUACCCAGGGCCAGGACAGACUCAGCAAACCUUCUAUAUCACUUAAUUCUGCCCAGCGAAAAUCAGUGACCCUGAGGCACUGCCAGAUUCUAAAGUGCCUUUGGGAUCAUCAGAGACCGGCUAUAAAUAAUGCAAAAUCUUGAUCUGGAUGUCAGUAUAUCAAAUCUUAUCAAAUCCAUUGACAAAUCAGUGGUGCUAUACUGGAAAUGGCUACUCCUUUGGAUGAAGGACCUCAUUUCCCAGUUGCUCGGAACAAAAGAGAAUUUACAUAUUGCUGUAAGAAGGGAGAGACCGCAGUUGUUGGUAGACACACAGAUAAGGGUGCCCAAGAAUAAUUCUUUCUGGAUUAAAGGUCCCAGGGAAGCGACCGGGUGCCAUUUCUGUACCAAGAGGUGAAUAUAAUUUGCAUGUUGAGUGCGGUAAUUAAGAACAAACGACUCUUGACUCCACAAAUUAAACCAUCCUGUUUUCUCUUC